UACUGGUAGCAGCGGUAGCGGGAUGGACGCGCCGUCCGCCGCCGGGCUGGGCGGCGCCGACCCCCAGCUCCAGCGCUUCAUCGAGGUGGAGACGCAGAAGCAGCGCUUCCAGCAGCUGGUGCACCAGAUGACCGAGCUCUGCUGGGAGAAGUGCAUGGACAAGCCGGGUCCGAAGCUGGACAGCCGGGCCGAGACGUGCUUCGUGAACUGCGUGGAGCGCUUCAUCGAUACCAGCCAGUUCAUCCUGAACCGGCUGGAGCAGACACAGAAGUCCAAGUCGGCCUUCUCAGAGAGCCUGUCUGACUGAGCGGGACCCGUGCCCCGGGGGACACCGGCCAGCCCCCCACGAGGCCAGGCCCUCUGCCAUGCCAGUUCCUGGUCACUCUGACACCCAAGUGAGCCAGGAUGAGCUCUGGGGUUUAGGAUUUAAUUAAAUGCCAGUCUCGGGGAAGUUGCAGCCAGAUGAGAGCCCAUGACAGAGGCAGAGUCGCUCCUCCUGGGGGUGACGUGCUGCCCCUGGCCCCACAGGCCAGCAGCCAUCUUUGUGCUGGGACUGGGACUUCGGGGCUGCCAAUGCUACGCAGGGAGUGUUUGGAAUGCACCCGCUCAGCUGAAUGGAGGGGUGUCGAUGCUUGCGUCGGGGUGCUCCCAGCGCUGACACAAAUCUCACUCAGCUCUAGGCGAGGUCAGCCUGCGAAUGCUGCCUUAAACGGUGCUGCACAAAACGAACCCUCCUGGGUGGAUGUGAACAAGCCCUGCAGGUGCCAUCGCUGUGCAGUCCGGUACAGGUACCCUUAGCAAGAAGAGCUUGUUGGGCACGCUGUUCAUCCCAGGCAGUCUCACUACUGGAACAUAUUUUCAGGCUUCCACAGGUAAAUCAUUCACGUGGCCAAGUGACAAAUUUUCAGAUUGCAGCACAACUCUGUCAAUACUGACUUGCUCCAUUAACUGCUUUCCCCUGGUCAAUGUAAUAAAUAUUAACUGGGUCAAUUUUUAA